ACACUGCAGGAAAAAUGAACAAGAGGCCUCUUGAGAUCCUCAUUUUCGGUACAGGGGCCGUAGGCUCCACUCUCGGCUGGAGGCUCGCCCAGAACCCGUAUACGCGCCUCUCAGUCGUGUGUCGGUCGAAUUACGAUGCAGUGAAGAGGCAUGGCAUCCAGCUGCGGACCUCCCUUUGGGGCAAUGGUCAGUUUCGGCCUCACCGAGUCUUGACCUCCACCCUCCAAGUGCACGACGUGCCUUUCGAUUACGUCGUAUGCACGAACAAAGUCACAUCUCUGGAAAGUGACUCGUUCAUCCACGCCAUCGCCCCCGCCGUCUCGCGAGGCACGACCCUCGUCUCGGCGCAGAAUGGCAUCGGCGUCGAGACUCCACUGCGCCAAGCCUUUCGCGCGAAUACGAUCCUCUCCGCAGUGUGUUAUAUCAGCUGCCUCCAGCCAAGCCCAGGCCUCGUGCAGCAAGUGUCCUCGAUCCGACCGCACGCGCUGCACAUCGGCACGUUCGACGAGCGCCACAGCAGCGACAGGGAGCUCGACCACGCGCGACUGGAGCGCUUCGUUGCGCUGGACCCCAAGUUCAAGCUCGUAUCCGACGUGCAAGCCGAGCGGUGGACCAAGCAAGUGUUCAACGGCUCCUGGAACCCGGCGACGGCCAUCUCGGGGCUGGACACGCACGGGCUGCUGGCCGCGGCGGGCCCGCAGCUCGGCGUCGUCGAGGCUCUGGCCCGCGAGAUCUUCACUGUCGCGGUUCGCAUCGGCGUUGCUCUGCCACGCGACCUGCCGCAGCGGACGGUCCAGUUCGCGCGCGACAACCCGCCGAUUGCGCCGUCGAUGCUGCAGGAUGCGCGCGUGCAGAGGCAGAUGGAGGUCGAGUCGUUAUGCGGGAAUAUUGUUCGCCUCGCCGACGCGGUGGGUGUGCCUGUGCCGACGGUCAAGGCUACCUACAGGACGCUCUUGGGCAUGAAUAGAAGGUUCCAGGCGCUUGAGCAGCCUGUGCGGAUGGGCGACUUUUUGGCUCAGCGGCCAGCGGUUUCUCACAGGCUGACUCCGCCGCUGCUGGACAGGAUUCCGGCAGUGUCUUUGGCAGGAUGAUGAAAUUGUUUGCAG